AUGCCUGGAUUAUAUGAGAAGCUGAUUUUGGUGGCAGCGGUGGCUCUGGCUGUCUUGGCCGUGGUGAGGUCGUCCCCCGUGGUUGGACCGGAGCCCAUCCGCUGUGCCCCCUGCUCACAGGAGAGACUCAAUGACUGUCCUGCCAUCCCUGUGGACUGCAGGCAGGUGCUAAGGGAGCCGGGAUGUGGCUGCUGCAUGGCCUGCGCUCUGGAGAAAGGGGCGUCCUGCGGGGUCCACACGGCCCACUGUGGAGAGGGUCUCCGCUGCUCCCCGAGGCCCGAUGAGGCCAUGCCGCUCCACGCUCUGACCAGAGGACAGGGGGUCUGCACUGAGGACCAUGCUACAGGGGAAGAUGAUGUCCCUGACCAAGGCUCCUUGCACUACCUGCUGGGUCUUAACCUUCCCUUGGACCAGGACACUGCUGAGGGCCAAGAGAGCAUCAAGGCCAGGGUCAAUGCCAUCCGUAACCAACUGGAUCAACAAGGUCCCUGUCAUAUUGAACUGCAUGCAGCCCUGGACAUGAUUUCCAGCUCUCAGCAGAAACUAGGAGAGAGGUUCACAACUUUCUACCUACCCAACUGUGAUAAGCAUGGCUUCUACAAGUCCAAGCAGUGUGAGUCAUCCCUGGUCGGACCGCCCGCUCGCUGCUGGUGUGUCUCUUCCUGGAAUGGGAAGAAGCUCCCAGGAACCAGCGACCUGCUGGCUGACUCAUCAGAGUGUCACCAAGAAGUCACCCACUAAA